GAGAAGACAGCUUGUGUCAGACGAUAAUGGAGAGGGGCCCUGCACAUCACCACACAAGCCGAACCGUCGUCAGUACAGCUCCACUUCACGGAGGACACGCUGCUGCAGGUCUCGAGAAGCAUUUCACAGAGCCAUGGGGGAGGAGCAGCAGCCAACCGGAGCGCCUCAUUUUGUGGGGAAGAAGGAUGAGCUGAUAGAAGCGAAGCGCUCUUUCAGAACAUUGGAGGGUCGGGACGUACUGAUCAUCUCCCACCAGAGCGGCUUCUAUGCUAUUGACUCUUACUGCUAUCAUGCUGGGGGGGAACUGCAGAAUGGAGACAUUGAGGAAAUUGCCGGGAAGCUGUGCAUAAUUUGUCCAAACCACAAAUACAAGAUCUCCCUUGCCAAAGGGGAGGGCAUGUACAAGGCCAGCGACCCCAGGGAAAAGCCACCUGUGCCCAGGUGGUACUCCAAAGGCGUGAAGCAGCGGACCCACGCGGUCACGGAGAGCGACGGGGACGUCUACGUGAAGCUCUCGGAGGACGCGUGCUGGGUCGAGUCCGACUUCUACCAGGGAGAGAAGGGCAAGGUGGAACGGGCCAAAGCCGCUGCAGCGGAGAAGAAGAAAUAAGAACUGUUUUUCAUUCGUGGCUCGCUCGUUGUUUGCAUGCUAUUCAAAUGCGUUACGGUCAUUUAUUUCUGCGCAUGACGGACAAGAGCUUAUUUAAUUGGUUGGUUUUUAUUUCUGAUUCUCUGUUCUCAAGUCGAGACACGAAGGAGCUAAAGUCAGACCCAUACCCGCGUAGCCCUCUGCAUUUCAAUCUUCCUCAUGUAUUAUGCAUACUGUGAAUUAAUUAAUAAGAUUGAAGUGGAACAUUGUUGAAAUAUAAAGAUCAUACCGCAAUACUGGGCA